AUGGUUGCAAACCGAAGUGUGCUUAAGGUUUCGUCGAAGUCGGUGGGCGAGAUGCAUGCAAUCAUGGUUGUUUUCGAGUUGCCUCCAAUGCUGUCCUUCAACAGCCAAGUCAAGAUGGAUUCUCUGUACGGUAUCACCGUUCUCUGUUUUGGCGACUCGGCCAAAAGAGUCAGGAUCCGGCCCAAAGUCACAAGCGACUUGUUGAUCUUGCUUCCCUCCUGUUGUCUGAUCUUCUCAAGACCGUCGCUGGCAACAAACUUCUCCGAUCCAGCCAAAUCCACCAGCUUCAAGUUCGACUUGAGCUUGACAAACGAGUUUGUGUCCGGGUCGAACUGUUCCUGCACAACAGUCACGGUGAGAAUGGAGUGCGAUCUCGACGAUUGUUUGUUCAGAUGUGUUUCUGCGGUGGUUCUUUUAUCGAAUCCCUUGGCUAGCAAUUCCAUAAUUUCCUGUGAGCUACCAACAGUGUACUCACUCAAGUUUUCAACAAAUGGGACCCUGUUGCUGUUUUCUCUCACCCGCAACUUCUCUCCAGUCCCCAGCAGGUCAACCACGUUCUCCUGA